AUGGCCGAUUCUGAACUCGCAACCAGGGCUCCCGAGUCCGAUGCUAUGGAAGCCCAAGUCGAACCCUCUGCUGUCUCAUCUACAGAUUCAACGGCUCAGACUGGUCCCAGCAUGGGAGAACACUGCGUAACAGACCGUCCGACACCAGACAAUCGCCAACCGUCUGGCGAGAUGUCCAAGAUAGGUGACGUUGACGUCUACAUCUCGAAACCGGCCGACUAUCCAAAUACUCCAGCCAAACUCCUCCUUCUCCUGACCUCUGGUACGGGGUUGCACUCCGUAAACAAUCAGGUCCAAGCAGACAUGUUCGCCGCCGAGGGCUUCGUCGUGAUCAUGCCUGACCAAUUCAAUGGUGAUCCGGCGCCGAGCUCCAACAGGACUACGAUGCCCACUUCCCCCACCUCCCCUGGAGAACCACCACAAAGUCCGAGCCUCCUCGAGCGCAUAAAACUUGGUGCUGCCGAGACGGCGAAAUCAUUCCUCGUGGACAUGUGGCUGGCCCGCCAAACACCAGAGAAGGUGCUCCCCAUCUUGCUCAAGGUGAUCGAGACAUGCAAGGACGAAUACGCGGAUGCUGUCGCCCAUGGACAAGGCAUCUAUAGCGUGGGAUAUUGCUUCGGUGGGAAGUACGUGGUUAUGCUAGCUGGCGAGAAUCCUACGCAACAACCGCCCAGUGGCAAGGAUGAAGAGGAAGGGAUGAUGGCAAAGGGGCCGCUCAUCAAGGCUGGUGCUGUGGCGCACGCGACGUUGGUGACGCGCGAGGAUCUGAAGGCCAUCAAGGCGCCUUUGACGAUGGUUUGUGUCGAGAACGACCCUCUAUUUCCCGACGAAGUGCUAGAUGUUGGUCGAAAACACCUUGCAUCCAGCAGCAUAGACCAUGAGAUCAAGACAUAUCCCGAGGUCCCGCACGGAUUUGCGGUGUAUGGAGAUUAUGAUUCGCCCGAAAUCAAGAGAGCUCAAGAAGCAGCUUUCCAACAAAUGCUGAACUGGCUCAGGUCUCACUGA